UUUGUACGAAAAAAUCACAUCAACUUAAACUAUAAAAAUCGCUUCAAUAUACUAUAUAUUAUUAUAUAAUAUUAUACAUACAUACACACAUACACGACACACUCAGUGCGGCGCAUUAUUCAUCCGGUUGCCAGAGGAAAUUGAUGGGACCUGCUGUUGUGGAUGGUACGACCGUUUCAAUGAGAAAUGGAAUCAUUAACAGAGGAUCAGAACAGGCCUGUGGAACUUUUGUCACCGUCCAGAGGAAGGAGGAAACAAGCAAAACCUCAGCGAAAAAAUGUGGAAGCAGACUGUGACAUCGUAGACAGCCAACAGGAUAUGACUCUGUGUGUGGAACAAGAUGACGAAAUCAUCAUCAACCCGGACACCAAUCACAACCAUCAGCCAAUGCUGUCGGUGGGUACCAACACCAAACGACAGUUCAUCGACAGUCGUAGUCAGACGACAGAGGAUACUAAAGAUUCUUCUACGUCGGCAAACGAAGACUGUACCAGUAGAGACGACGAAGAGGAUAAUAUGACGGCAAAUGACGAAGACGACGGUGCAGCUGCUGUUAAAGACGACGAAGAAGGGGAGACGGUGAUCAAGGAAUGUGACAAAGUUCCGUUGCCCGGGAUGAGUCUGGAGGGUCUUCUCAAGGAUUACCAGGACCUACACCACCAGCAGCAACAGCAACAGCAGCAGCAUUUACAGUACUGCCCGUUUUGUCGGGAAUCGUUUGACCUGGGAUCGCUAAAGGAACACUUGGACGGCGGAUGCCGAGCCCGGCCGCCUUCGUCACAACCGUCGCCGCCCCCGACCACGGUUGCGGUCGCCGGCCAAUACGGGUGCUUGCAGUGCAACGCCGCUUUUGGCAAUCGCGACCUGCUCGAGAAACAUGAACUUCUCCACUCGCCCAACGCCCAAGUGUCCUGCAAGGUGUGCAACAAGACAUUCGCCAACGUUUACCGUCUCCAAAGGCACAUGAUAAGCCAUGAUGAGAGCGCUGUGCUGCGCAAGUUCAAAUGUCCCGAGUGCGAAAAGGCGUUCAAGUUCAAACAUCAUCUCAAGGAACACAUUCGCAUUCAUAGUGGAGAAAAACCGUUCGAGUGCUCCAACUGUGGUAAACGGUUCUCGCAUUCCGGUUCAUAUUCUAGUCACAUGACUUCCAAGAAGUGUCUGAUCAUUAAUCUAAAAAUGGGAGGCCGUGGGUCACAGGCCAACAACCGGAACGCCGCCCACCAUCAACCGAACAACGGUUUUCCGGGAAAGCGUCCAGUUCCUAAUAACAACAACAACAUAACCAACAAUAACAGCAGCAACCAUAACAACAACAGUAUCGGUGCCGGUGGCAAUGCGUUCUCGCCUCUGCUGCCGUCAUCGGUGUCAAAGUACGAGUUGCAAGUGGCGCAGCCGAGUCCAACACAGGCGCAAUCGCUUACACAACAGUCGUUCUAUCACACGCAACCGAAAGCCACCGCGGCAGCCAUUUACUUCCCAGGACUGUUCAACACUCAGAGCAAGUUCAACAUACACGAUCUGCUGCAACCGUCGUUGCAGAUGCAGUCAGCGAUGGUCAAGCAAGAACAAGAACAACAACAACAGCAGCAGCAAGAACAAGACGACUGCUGUAGUGGCGAUGAUGGAAAGAACAAGACGACAGAUGAAGAAAACCGCAAUAAAGAUCACGAGAGUGGUGGUGACGAUUUCAACGACGACGACGAAGAGGACGAUGACGACGACAAAUACGACAACGUGAUCGACGUUGUGAGCGUGGUGAAGAAGGAACGCGAAAACGGCGGUGGAGGUGCGGACGAGGACGUGGUCGGCGAAACUGACGAGGCGGUCAAAAAACUCUUGGAGACUGUCAACGUAUCGGCGGUCACCAAGCAGCUAAUGAUGGCCAACGCUGCGGCAGCCGCAGCCGCUGCCCUGCACCACCAGCAGCCGCUGUCUUGCGGAUCGUCGGGCGGUUGCCCUAGCGUGACGAGCGACUCGCCGCCUUACCACCAUGGCUACAGCUUGUAUCCCAAUCACAACAACCAUCACCAUCACCACCACCUCCUCAACCACCACAGAGCCGAAAGUCUGGUUGGCAAAGCGACGGAUUAUUCCGCGAGCGCCGGUUCCAAGACGACUAUCAACAACAACAACAUAAACAAUGGUUAUGACGGGGGCAGCGACUGUUACACCGACGACGAGCACAGACCGUGCACCACCGAAGAAGAAGACUCGGUGGACCAGGACGGCCGCAAGAUCCGCGUCCGGUCGCAGAUAGCCGAUGACCAGCUGGCUGUGCUCAAGGAGUGCUACGCGGCCAACCCACGGCCAAAGCGAGAGGAACUGAGCCGGAUUGCCGACCGGAUCGGCUUCAACGUGCGCGUCGUCCAGGUUUGGUUCCAGAACAAUCGGGCUCGAGACAGGCGCGAGGGUCGCCUGGUGCACAUGCCGUACUCGCCCGCGUCCGCCGCUGCCCACGCUUUAGCCGCCCCAAGUCUCGCCGAGCAGCCGCUCGACCUGUCCACUAAGCGGAGCCGCCACGGCAGCGCCGAUGACGAUGAGUCCAACGGAGGCCGCGGUGCCAUGUGCAAUGUUACGCUAAACAAUAAGUGCACUAUUCAGUUCAAGUGUUGGACAGCCAACAACCGGGACGACUGCAGUUCGUCGCCGCCCGCUUCCAUGCUGCAGCCGCAUGGCCGCAAGACGUUCCUGGGAGGCGCUUACCCGCCGCCGUCGCCAGUUUGCGCGGCGCCACCACCACCGCCGCCUUCAUCACACCUGCACCAUCCCGCGUCCCAUUCGCCCAUACCGGCAGUCGCGCUCCGGCAUAACGGCAGCUUGAGCCCUGCGUCCGAAAAACGUUCGUGGAAGAGAGAAUACGGAGACUGGAGCGACAUGACAGAUGAGGCCGAAGACUCGGGAUGCACGUCCCAAGACCCGGACGACGCGGUAUCGACCAGAGGCGGUGCAGGCGUCAUGCACAACAACAAUAACAACAACAACAACAGCCACAACAACAACACCAGUAAUGGCGCAAUAGCGGCCGCAGUCGGUUCGCCCAGCAAAAAAUCCAAACCGUCAUCCGUAGAAUCUGCUGAAGUACCAGAUCAAAGACCUCACAAGUGCGACGUUUGCCCGAAAGCGUUCAAACACAAACACCAUCUGACCGAACACAAGAGACUGCACAGCGGCGAGAAGCCGUUUCAGUGUUCCAAGUGCAUGAAACGGUUCUCUCAUUCGGGUUCGUACAGUCAGCACAUGAACCACCGGUUCUCGUACUGUAAACCGUACAGAGAGUAAUAUUUAAUUCGACAGAUCUACUCAAAACCGACAGUAUAUACCUACAUUUAAUAUAAUGUUAUGUACAUGGUGUAUAACAUAUAUUGUCACCAUCUCUAUACCGCUUUAUUAUUAUCUAAUAAUUAUAAUAUAUAUAUAAUAAUAACUACUACUACUACUACUACUACUACUACUACUACUACUACUACUACUACUAUUUUAUUAUUACUACUAUUUCUACCUUUGCCUCGAUUUUUGACGGUUUUUGUUUUUCGUUUUUUUUUCCAAUAUUUUUAGGUAGUUUUUUGUUUUUUUUUUUUUUGUAACGCCAAUCCCUUUUUUAUUCGUUUGGAAAACCAUAAGAAAAAAAACAUUGUAAAAAAAAAAGAAAAAAAUUAACGCAAUAUGUAUUUUAAAAAAAAAGGGUCAACGUAUAUAUAUAUAUAUAUAUA